AUAAAAAAAAAUGGCCUGCUGGAAACAGCUUCAGACUUGUGUUGUAGACAUGGUUUUGCUGUUAACAAACAGUCCAGAUUACAAUAUGUCUUGAUCUUUUUUUUAAAAGAUGGUGGUUUAGUUCUUGUUUUGCAGACUGAUAUUUUAAAGAAUCCAUUCUAGUCAUAAAAUCUUAGAGUAAUAACGAUGUUAGAGAUAAUCCACUCCAUACUCUAGUUUUCUUCCCUCUAUUCUAAUCUCACUUCUAUUAUUUUCCAAAACCUCAGGUAAAUAGGAUGCAAAACAAAAUUUUCAGGAGAGGACCAGGACUCGGCAUUCCCAAAGUUGAAUAGAAGGCAAAAUGUGGACUACCUGGCUCUGCAACCUUCACAAUACCUUCUAACAUAUCUUCUUCUCUCCCCCCUCCUAAGCCCCUGGGUCUAACAAACAAAAGAAAGUAUCAACAUUCAAUAUUUGUAAUAGCAAAUGGAACUGAUUUUGAAGAUUUGUAUCUAUUUUAUUAAGAGGUUCCUUUAAAAAUGUCAUGAAUAUUAUUUCUCCCCUUGGAUAAAAAUAAAAGUUGAAACAAGCAGAAUGUCAUUUUUUAAAUUAUGGUCCUAAUUGGGGGGCAUUCAAUGUUCUAGAGGGUCAGUUUAGUAUUGAAAGCAUUGUAAUCUGGGGCCCAUUUUUAGAAACACUUGUGGAAUCCUUUUUCUAUUUUUAAACUUAAUGAGCAUAAAAUUAGGCAUUGCUUGUUUGUCUAGACCUAAACCUAAAUAAAAUGUGUUGUUACUUUAACAACUGUCUAAGGAAGCUUGCUUCUGAGAGAAAAAUCCCCAGGGGUUCUGCUUGAUCUUGAAGUUAUAUGUGUUUUAGUGUUUAUGACUGGCACUUUGCUGGUUUGAAUAGACCAUUGGGCAUUGCUAAUGGAAGUCAGUGUUCCUCAUCUCUAGGACUUUAUUUGAAAUGUAGUAUAGUUAUAUGGCAGGAGGCCUUCUCCCUGGAGAACUCCACUAACUUCUCUAGAAUGACCUGACUGCCUGCUACAUAUGGAAGUUUCUUAUCCAGGAAAACUAAAGAAUUUUGCAUUCUCAUAAAAUGAUUUUAAUUUGUUUUCUGCUUUGUAGUUUCCCACUCAAACCAAAACCCCAAAGAGAUAGUUUUAGCACAGUUUUCUCCUAGUAUCAUGUGGAGUUUAAUAGAAAAAAGAUGUAGUAUAGUCACAGACUAUGGAAAAUGACAGAAAAUGCUGUUUACUUAUGAUCAGUAGUAACAUGCAGAUAUCUUUUCAAGGUGCAGCAUCUCUACUUUGUCUAAUCCUUAUUUUAAUCUUGAGCAAUCACAUAAAACUCUUUGUCUCCCCACCACAGGUUACAUUGUAGAUUUGAAUCUUUUUUAUUUGUUUAAAGUUUAUUCAGGACCCUCUUCAGCUUCAAUUUUGGGACCUUUGCAAUUAAGUAUUCAAAUGAUUUUUUAAUGAUAUUUAACCUGUUGAGACAGGUGAGAUUGCUAUUUAAUUAAAAACAAACACAAUAACAAAAUUCAGUAAUGUAAAUGGAAAACCACUAAUUUUCUUGUAAUCUAAUUUUGAAUAUAUAAUUUCUCAUAGUUAUGGCCCUAUUUUUGUCUCAUUUUAAAAAAAUUAACACCAGAUAUUUAAAAUAAAAUACAUUUUAAAAAAUAUUUAUUUUUUUCUAAUUACAUGUAAAGAUACUUUUUAGCAUUCCUUUUUAAAAUAUUUGAGUUCCAAAUUCUCUACCUCUCUUUCCCCUCCCUAUUCAUCGAGAAGGCAAGCACCUUGAAUAUAGGUUAUACAUGUUCAGUCAUACAAAACAUUUCCAUAUUACUCAAGUUGUGAAAGUAAAAACAAUUCAAAAAGUUUUGAUCUGUAUUCAAACCCCAUCAGUUCUGUCUCUAGAGGUGGGAAGCAUUUUUCAUGCUAAGGCCUUUGGAAUUGUCUUGAUUAUAUUGCUAAGAAUAGAUAAACCAUUCACAGUUGACCAUAGCACAAUAUUGCUGUUAUUGUAUAUAGUGUCUCCAGGUUCUGCUCACUCUACUCUAUAUCAGUUAAUGUAAAUCUCAGUGUUUUUCCAAAAUCUUCCUGCUUGUCAUUUCUUAUAGUGCAAUAAUAUUCUAUCACAGUUUUGUCACUCGUUCAGCCAUUUCCCCAUUGGUGGACAUUCCUUCACUUUCCAAUUCUUUGCCCCCACAAAAAGAGCUGUUAUAAAUAUAUAUAGGUCCUUUUCCUUUUUUUUUUUUAAUCUUUGGGGAUGUAGACCUAGCAGAAGUAUAUCUGGGUCAAAUAUUAUGCACAGUUUUAAAACUCUUUGGGGUAGAGAUCCAACUUGCUCUCCAAAAUGGUUGGAUCAGUUCAAAGUGUGAGUUGUUGUGUUGUUGUUGUUGUUGUUUUUAAUAAGGAACCAAAUUUGUUUUAGAUAUGUAAAUCAGAGCAUUUCUAUAAAAAGGAUUAUGAAACAAUUGCAGUGUUCUACAUGAGUCAGUCAAGAAACAUCUACUGAGCACUUACUAUGUGAGGCACUAGUGAUGAAAAGAUAAAAUUAAAAUGGCUCCUGUGUGUAUGUGCAUGUAUAUGUAUUCAAAGAAACACAGGCUAUAUAGUAGGUACAAAGGAAUUUGGGGGGGGGGAGAUUACCAAUGCUAGGCAGGGGGUGGUGGUAAGAAGAGGAAGUGGUUAGGAAAGGUCACAUGUAGAAGGUAGCACAUUUGAACUGAGCUUUGAGAAGAGCUAGAGGAUCUAGAGGUUAAGAUGAAGAAGGGUGUGCAUUCCAAGCAGAGAAAGAUCUCCCUCUACAGGGGAUUUAGGACAUAAAGUACUCCAUUUGUGGAACAGCAAGAAGACCAGAUCACCUACUACAGAAGAAGAAACUGAGGCACUGAGACCCUUCAUAUGCAUGUCAAAAAUAGAACAGAAACCUCGCAAUCUGUUUUCUACUUAACUUUAGUUUAGACCAGCUGGUAUAAAUUCCAAGAUAGAAGGAAUUGAAACCUUGACUGUAAUUAUUGGUCUACUUAGCUUUGCUGUUUUGAUAUAUUUUUCUUUAAAGUUUCAUAGAUAACUAAAAAUAUCUCUUUCAUUUCUGGAUUCUUCCCUUCCUUCCUCAUCCUCAUCUGAAUGGAACCUUCUCUUAAAACAGAAAAAAAUAGGUAGCCCCAAUCCAAGUAGCAACACUAACAUAUGUACCAAGCAUUGUCUGAAUACUCCCCUACUUCUUUGAGCCUGUUUGUUCCUUGGCUUGAUGGGGCCAUUAUUGGUUUUUCAAUUGUUCAAACUUUUACUUCGUUUUAAUAAUUUCAAUUACAUGGCUCUACAUCAAUUCAUAUACAUUUUCUUAUGUUUUUCUGAAUUGUUCACUUAUUAUAGCAUAAUAUUUCAUUACAUUUGUUUAUCAUAACUUAUUGGUCCAUGCUAUCCAUUGAUGUACACCUACAUUGUUUCCAUUCCUUUACUACUAAAACAAGUGCUACAAUGAAUAGUUUUGUAUAUAUUAGACCUUUGUUGCUAUCUUUGACUUCUUUGGAUAUAUACAUUCCAUAGUAAGAUUGCUAGGUCAAGGUAAAUGAACAAUUUAGUUGCUUUUUUUGAUCAUUCCAAAUCGGUAUCCAGAAUAAUUGGACCAAUUUAUAGCUUUUCCAAGAAUGUUUUAGUGGACUUUAGCUUUGCUCAGCUUAUGCAGGAACACUUUUUCCCUUUUUUUCCUGUAUUUGUUAGUUUUCAUUGUGCAAAGUCAGCUCAAAAUUGUUUUAAUCUUCAUUCAUCUUAUAAUCAGAGAUUUGUAAUGUUUUCAUAUGGUUGUUUAUACCUUAGAAUUCCUCUUUUUAGAAGCUCUUCUUAUCCUUUAUCACUUACCUGUUGUGUUUGGAUUAACUGAUGAUCUACAUGUCAAUGAAAGUGAAGUAAAACCUUCUGAUUUUUCAGUCUCUAUAUAUCUUCCUACCAGACUUUAAUGGUGAUAGUUGAUGCAAAGUUAUUAUUUCAUCUCAUGGUGCAGAGAAAAAAUGCUGGGUUUUUGCAGUGAGAGGACCUGGAUUUGAAUUCAAACACAGUACUUAAUAGUACAUGUGUGCUGGCCAGCAAGUCACUUCAGAGUGUCAGAUCCUUCAUAAAUAAUUAUUGUUUAUUCGUGUAAAAUGAGAGGUGUAGAUCAAAUUUUCCCAUCCUUUACUGGUCCAUUCUUAUAAGCCUUCCUGUGUCCUCUAUUCAUUAUGAAAUAAAAUAAACUCUAUGGAACUUACCAUGUAUAUACCCAGAGAUGAAUUUUUAUUACCUAAGGGUAUACACUAUUUUGAUAUAACCAAUAAACUUGGUAUACACAGUAAAUUGAUUAUUAGUUUCUACAGUAUUUCAAUAGGAUAAUGCUAUUCUUUACUAAAUAUUCCCUCUAUUGUUUUUAUAAAUUUCUGUAUCCCAUGUUGGAAAAUCCUGGGAUACAUGAUGUCCAAGUUCCCUUAUACCUGUACACCUGUAAAAAUAUGAUCUGCAUUAUUUUUCAGUUUUUCCUCUUUUCUUUGUGCAUUAUUCAACAUCCAGAAAAGAUGUAAGUGUGUGUUGGCUCAUUCUCUUUAAUCUUUUCUGGGGAAAAUUUGAGAAAGUGGAUUUUGUCAGAAUAAUGUCUGGGAAUUUUUAUUUACUUGAAUUUUAGCAUCUUUCUUCCUGCAAGAGCCAUGCUUUAUUUGAAGAUAUUUUAAAUUACUUUUGCUUUGAGAAGUUUGUGAAAUUCCUGGAGAUAGUUGGAAACAGUUCAGGGUAGUACUUCCAGACAAGUUGAAUUGGGGUCUGACUUCUUUUUUUCAAAUUAGGGGACUCUCCCUCAGUAGAAAAAAAGUUAAAGAUUUCAGUUACCUCCCAAGAUGCUGAAGAGCCAGAAGAGAAACAUCCCACUUUAUACUCAUUCAUCUCCAGAUCAUCCAUCAAUUAGCAAUUAUUUAGGCCUCCAGUCUGUAAUUAAGUUGGGAUGUGGGUGAUGAUUACACUCAUACUUUCAAUAAGCUUUUAUGAAGUGCCCGCUGUGUCCUAUGGAAGGGUACCUAGGCGGCUGAGUGGAGAGAAUGCUGGGCCUGAAGACAGGAAGACCCAUCUUCCUGAAUUCAAAUGUGGCUCCCGGUACUUCCUAGGUAUGUGACCAUAGGCCAGCAGUUAGCCUUAUUUGCUUCAGUUCCUCAUCUGUAAAAUGGCAAAAGAUUUCACCCCAGAUGGCAUCAUGAGGAGUCAAGACGAGAAUGAACCAACCAAAUAACGAAUGUACUGUGGACACUGUGCUAGCGUCCAGGCAUACAAAGGUGUCCACAGAGGAGCUGCAGAGGAUCAGGGUCUCUAACUCUUUAAGGGAGAUGAGAGUCUAAGAGACAGAGGAGAAAGGAAAGUGCAUUGUAGUCCCCAGGGGUGGUCUGGACAAAGGUGCAGAGUAGGGACGUGGGCAAGUGGACCCACACACAGUGAGUAAAACAGGGUCAUGGGGCCGGAACCAGAGGGAGCCUCUGGAACUUUUGAGCAAGACAGUAAUGUGGUCGGCCUGUGCCUUAGUAUGCAAGAUGAAUUGGGGAAGGGGUAGUGAGAAUAGUGCCUUUUAUACAGUACUUUGAGGAAUAGAGUUCUGGGUGUAUUUGCUCUCAUUGGGGUAGGCAACUCCCAGUAUGGGAAUCUGCCAGACUCUCCUCAGUUGCUCUUUACGCCUUUUUUUUUUUUUCUUAAUUGCCUGGGGCACCAAGAUGGCAAAUGCCUUGCUCUUGCUCACAUGAUCUAUGUAUCUGAGGCAGAAUUUGCACCUGGGUCUUAGCAGUUCCAGGCCUGGCCUUCUACUCACUGUGUCCUUCUGUUCUGCCUCAUUGUUGGUGCCUUGCUGAAGUGUUCCUAACAAUCUGAGGAGCAUUGAACAAUCAUCUGUGGAGCCUUUUUUAGCUCCAUUUCACACAAAUAAAAAGGAAACUAAGGGUUAGAGAGUGAUGAAGUGACUUGGCUUGUCCAGAGUCAUGCAGCUAAGUGGCAUCAGGUCAGGAAAAGCAAUAAAAGUCAAGUCCUUCCCACCGUGUGUUGUGGAGCGUAGUGGAAGAGUUAGCGAGCGCCGUGGGGGAGAAUCCUGGCCUUGGGGAGGCUGCUGACAGCGGGCUGGGCUGCAGAGAUGGCUUGCCAGGCUUUGGUAGAGCCCAUCUGGCUGUGGGUUUUUUCAUUCUUAAUCAUAUUCACUUCAAACUGCUUUAGAAAAAAAAUGAUUGAGUUGUUCAAACAUUUCUGGCCUGAGCGCUUCAUGUGAGGUGAAGUCAGCAGGAGAGUAUGCUGGGCGGGGCAGGGGAAGGAGAGGAGGAGAGGCCGGCCAUCGGGUCACACAAAGGCUUGGGGCUGCUCAGCCCAGCUGGGAGGAGUUUAUCCCUCCGAGCCCGCACGACGGUGGUUGCCCCCUCUAUUGCCAUCUCCUUUUAUUCACAACGCUUCCAGCAGUCCCUUUGCCCGGGAUGGCGGGGAAGGGCUUGCUGCUUCCUUAAGCUGACACUCAGCUGGGAGGCGCGGAGGCUCCAGGGGAGGAGGAAGAGGAGGAGUCGUAGAGUUGCCGGUUAACCUCUUCACGGAGGCAGAUGCUUUAUAACCCUUAGCCUCUUGCAUUCCCCAUGCCGCCCCCUUGGGCAGUCCCAUUGAAGGCAGGCUCAGGUGGCUCCAAGGCAGCGUCUUUGGCUAAUGACUCCAUGGGGGGAGGGGGGGUCCAUCUGCCUAGACCCCUCACAGCUGACUCACAGGAAGUGCUAAAAGAGCCUGGCACGGGGCACCCAGCUCCAGGGCUCUGCCCCUCCCAUCCUCCCUCCCUCCCUCGCUCGCUCUCUUACUGGAGGGAGGUUUUGCAGUAUGUCUUGACAGAACAAUGAAGUGCUUCUAAGUUUGCCAAGACUCUCAGGGAAAUCCCUUGGACUUGUCUUCUGAAAAUCUUCAGGAUGUUUUACCUCAGACUUUCCUAAGAAGCUGUCAAAAUCCUUUCCCCUCCCUGCUUUUGGAUUGCUUUGUGUGACAAGCCAGGGUUCCUGAUCAUGGUUCAGCGCUUUAGCCUCAGGAGGCAGCUCUCCAAGAUCGAUCGGUUGGAAGUAAGCAGCCUUGCUCAGACCUCCAGCGCAGUGACCUCUAGCACUGAUGGCAGCAUCAACACCGACUCAGUAGAUGGGACCCCUGACCCUCAGCGCACCAAAGCAGCUAUCACCCACCUGCAGCAGAAGAUCCUAAAGCUCACCGAGCAGAUCAAAAUUGAGCAAACGGCCCGAGAUGACAAUGUGGCAGAGUACUUGAAACUUGCCAACAACGCCGACAAACAGCAGACUGCCCGCAUCAAGCAGGUGUUUGAGAAGAAAAACCAGAAAUCAGCCCAGACUAUCCUGCAGCUGCAGAAGAAGCUAGAGCAUUAUCACCGGAAGCUCCGAGAGGUUGAGCAGAACGGCAUCCCCCGGCAGCCCAAGGAUGUCUUCAGGGAUAUGCACCAGGGGCUGAAGGAUGUGGGGGCCAAAGUGACUGGCUUUAGUGAAGGGGUAGUGGACAGUGUCAAAGGCGGACUUUCCAGCUUCUCCCAGGCCACUCAUUCAGCUGCAGGAGCUGUUGUCUCAAAACCUCGAGAGAUCGCCUCAUUAAUUCGGAACAAGUUUGGCAGUGCAGACAACAUCUCUAAUCUGAAAGACUCAUUAGAGGAAGGGCAGAUAGAGGAUGGGCCUGGAGGGAAGCCUCUGGGAGUGAUUGCAAACUUUCAGUCGAGUCCAAAGUAUGGUAGUGAGGAGGACUGUUCCAGUGCUACCUCGGGCUCGGUGGGAGCAAACAGUACCACUGGUGGAGGCCCUGUGGGAGCUUCAAGCUCCAAGACAAACACUCUGGAUAUGCAGAGCUCAGGGUUUGAUGCAAUACUUCAUGAGAUCCAGGAAAUUCGAGAGACACAGGCCAGACUAGAGGAAUCAUUCGAAAACCUCAAGGAGCAUUAUCAGAGGGACUAUUCCUUAAUAAUGCAGGCCUUACAGGAGGAACGCUAUAGAUGUGAACGAUUAGAAGAGCAACUAAACGACCUGACUGAACUCCAUCAGAAUGAGAUCUUGAACUUAAAGCAAGAGCUGGCUAGCAUGGAGGAAAAAAUUGCCUAUCAAUCCUAUGAGAGAGCUCGGGAUAUCCAGGAAGCACUAGAGGCUUGUCAGACCCGGAUCUCCAAGAUGGAAUUGCAGCAACAGCAGCAGCAGGUGGUGCAGUUAGAAGGGCUGGAGAACGCCACUGCCCGCAACCUCCUGGGCAAACUCAUCAAUAUCCUCCUGGCUGUGAUGGCUGUUCUCUUGGUCUUCGUGUCCACUGUGGCCAACUGUGUGGUCCCUCUCAUGAAGACACGCAGCAGGACGUUCAGCACUUUAUUCCUUGUGGUUUUCAUUGCCUUUCUCUGGAAGCACUGGGACGCCAUCUUUGGCUACGUGGAACGGUUCUUUUCAUCCCCAAGAUGAUGACACAGAGGCAGCUGCUCCCCAAACCCCUGGCGCGUGCAUGCAGCAAAGAAUUAGACAGCAACUUAACUACUCUGAAGUUUUAAACAACAAAAAAGAGUCGAGUGAAUCUGUUUACAUUUAGAAUAACGUUUUUUCUCUGAGAGACGCAAUUGCAAUAGUAUUUUUUAGAUUUUAUCCAAGAAGUUUUUUGGGCAAAAAUCCUGGAUCAUUUUUAUGUAGCAUGAUUCUCCUGGGAUGCAAAUCUUAAAAAGAUCCUUUACCACAAACCAACACAAUCUGGAGCACAGUGCUGGGCAUUCUAAAUUCUGGCUUGAACUACUGCACUAAAACCCAUUAGAAAGAUGAAUCAACUUAAACCAGUUAGGCCUAGCAACCUGCCUUGUCUGGGAGCAUCCCAGACCUCUACUCCCCCAGGCUAACCUUUACUGUGAAAUCCUAGCACAUUCCAUGUCUGAAUUCACAGAUUCAGGGAGGAUUUUCCUUAGCUGCGGAAAACACAUGGAGGAACACAUGGAUCUGCCCAACACCUUCCACACUCGAGUCAGCCAGUCACGCUAAUCUUGAAGUAUGGUCAUUUUUGUAUCUGGGCCCUUAACCUUCUGUGAGGAUACAAAGUGGCAUGCCCUACAGGAUAACCGCACAGUCCUACUACAGUAUUUUGAAGUAGCCCUCUAAAUACUUAAUCUUAAGCAAAAGCCCUUGGCCGCACUUUUAAGGUUUUUUUUUAUAUGUGUAUAGUCACAGAUUUAAAAAAUAAAAAAAUCCGAACAGCAUACUUGAAGAAUGUAAUACUCAAACUCUCAGCGCUUCCUUAUGGUUUCUAAUAGGAUUUUUUAUUAUUGUUAUUAUUAUUAUUAUUAUAAUUAUUGGGUUUUUUUGGGAAGGGGCUGGGAGGGUGUUUUUUUUUCUUUGAAAUAAAGAAGUGAUGUUUUUAAAUGAAGAAAUGUGUGGAUAAUUAAAUGUGCUCUGUCUUGUCUAAACAAUUUGAGGAAAGUGAGACCUUGCAAAUGCCGCCCUCUGUUGCCUCAUACUUAAAGUUGCAAUAUCUUAAAAUUUACUCUUUCCAUCUUUUUUUUUUCCUCAAUGGAGUUGUUUUGGUUGGCGAGUGGUUGGGACUCUAUGAGUCUCAAAUCAGCCUAAUAGGAGUAGGGAUUAUUUCCCUUAAAAUUUAUUUCAUUUCUUAAGCUGGACCAGGGCAUUCUUUAGGAAAAACAAAAGAAGGUUUUAUCAAGAAAUAGAGUUUGCCCUUCAUCAUUUUUAUAUUUCUUUUUAUUUAUAAAAGCAAGCAUCCCCAGUAAUUGAAGCCAAAGUUGUCCUUCCUUUCUAGCUGACAGUAGUGAAAUCAUUUGUCCUAGUGUCAACACUGUGGCCCUAGGAGCCUUCUUUUCAAAGCUUUAUUCUGGCCGCUUCACUGGGGCAACUUAAGAUGGUUCCCUCGAAUGAGAACAAGAAAAAAGUCAGGUUACGAAGGUUGUUCCUAAGGCAUGCAUGUGAAUUUUUGUCAGUGACCUGCUGUCCCACACUGGCUUUCUUAGAAAUAUUCUCAAUUUGGGUUGAUUUUUUUUCUUCUUUCCGGAGUAUGAAUUCCAUAAUGUGGAGAGAUGUUGAGCCAGCCCCUCUCUUUUCUGUAACUAACACCCUCAUCCUAUCUGAAUGCAUGUUUCUGACUCUCCACAAAGGGCACAGAAUUUCUGCACCAUUCCAUUCCCAGUAUUGAACUCUGCCUGCUGUUUCUCUGGGGUUCCAGCUCUGUGCAAUGCACAGAGUGCCGCACAUUGAGAAUAGGUAGCCAGGCUUUACUUAUUUUCUUCAUCCCAAUGAAUUGUUCCUGAAUGAGAUUAGCGUCGUCCCUUUGGCUAGGAAGGCAGGGUUUCUGGUUCUUGUGGCUGCCCCAGCCCUGCUUAGUCCUCGCAGCCCUUUUAACCCCUGUGUGCCUCCUCCAAGAGAUUCAGCAUAUCACCUCUGUAAUCACAAAACUCAGGUACUCCUGCCCUUUCCCUAUCCCCAAAUGGCAGUCUGCUUGCCAUUUCUACUGCCCUUGUUAAUGUGUUCGUCCCUCUUCCUCCCCCCCAAACUAGGAGAAGCAAUGAUUCAUUUUUUUAAGAAAGAGAAAAAAGAGAUCUAUCCCAUCCAAGUUUAUACCGAAAUUAAAUCAUUCCUGUUUUCCACUGCAUUACAGAAUAAGUCUGAAUACUUGGAAGUCUUGUUCUGUCUAAAAACAUAAUUAUUGCUAAAAACUGGAGUGCCGUAGAAUGUAAUGCCCUUAUGUAGCUGAAAUAGUUUCUGCCACCUUUAUGCAUUUCUCCAUGAUCCAUUUUAACAGGUUUUCUAAAAACAGGGAAGAGACCUCUAAGAUACAAAUACACAGUACAACAUACAUCAUCUUAAGCCCAGUCUCUCUGACACUUUUUAAGCCAGAACGUCUCUUACAUUGUGUGGAAACUAUUAACUGUAGUGCACACUGGAAACUCUUGGGAUGGACCUGUGAGUCCCAGAGGGUUCCCUCCCAUUCGCCUCAGGUCAAUGUUCUGCACAGGAAAGCUGUGCCUCAAUUCUCUGUUCUCUCUUCUCUUCUCCACUCUGAACUUGGCCCUUACAAAAACCAUUGGUCAUCAAACCCUAAGCCCUAGGCCAGGCAGGGAUAGACACCUCUCUGCCUUUCUCUUUCCAACAGAAAGGAUGGAUGGUCAUUCUAGUUGAGAAAAUGAUGUCCUCCUUGCCCGUGGAUCCUUUCUCCCUCCCUGCUGUUGUCAGCAUUUAUCUGUCCUCACCUCUCACCACUUUUCCCUCCCAUUCCUAACCCCUCUUCCUUCUCUUCUGACUUUAUUUCCCCUGUACCGUGGCUUUCUCUGAUUUUCCCCUACAUUGGAAUCUCUUCUGUCGCCUCAUCCUAAAGGUUUAACCAUUGUUAUAUCGUUGGAAACUUGACUAGCUAUUUUCCUUGUAAAGGCUAUGUUCAUUCUCUUUGAAGGAAGCGCAUUCCUGGAUUACUUGUUCGAGUUGGUGCCUACCCUGGUAUGUGUGUGACUGGAGGCAAAUGUAUGGUUGUGUUGCUCUGGAUGUCCUGGGUAGGGGAGAGGGGUUCUCUGUCUGGAGAAUGUGACAGCAUUCAGGUUGUAGAAUGGCUUCCUGACAUUUUACAUUGUUUAUGUUCCGCCUAAGACAGACCUAAGUUGGCGUGUGUUCAGCACAUUUCUAGCAAGGAAGUGGCUCAGUUCCCUAACCUCAGAAAGGUUAGCUAAGGCAAACCAUGCCUGAGUUUUGGGGGGGAAAGGGUUCCUUCCCAUCCCAUCCCCCGAACUGAGAGACAAUCUGAAGUUCAGGAAGACCGUUUGAAUGAGGCUUCUUGUUCACCACCUGAAGUUGAACACAUUUCCUUCGAGGUCGACCUCUCUCUGUUUUGGUUUCGUUGCCAGUCUUGUGUGUCUGUAGGGUACAGUUCGAUGAAAUGCUGAAUUCUAUUUGUUGUUGCACUGGGUCCCAAGAGGAGCUGCCUCCCAGUUUGGAACAAAUAUACAUUAAAUAACCAAAUCAAACAUUGUUGUGAUGAAACAAGCCAAGGUUGGCUGAGCCAUGGUUGCCCCUUCUCAUGGAACUGGGAUUUCUGAAUGUGGCUCUAACGAGUUAAAAUGUGUCUGUCUGCGUGUUGUGUAUGCCGGGUGGUACCGUAGUAGGCAUCGACUAGACUGUAAGUGUGUUUUUUCCAAUUGUAAAAGAAUAAAAACUCACUUGCACGGGUUGAAAAGUUCAGAAAUGACACUUUGUGAACGUAACACUGUAGUUGCUAGAUCUUAAGCUGCUAAUUGUUGAGAGAGAUUUACAUUUAUGUUUUGUCUGAUUGCUGCAGGUUUCUUGGCAGCACUUUUACUGUAUAUAAAAAUUUAAAUAAAGACCUCAACUAUUAACAUGA